GAUUGGUAGCCGGGGGAGGGCUGCGCCGUGGCCCCGCCUUUCCGGAGCGCGGGCGCGCGGUGGCGGGAAUUUCGCCUGUUUGCGGUUUAGACCCCAAAGAUUCCUGGUGGUGGUCUGGGUCACAGGAGGCAGGUUUCGGGAGCUGGAAAUGUGAGCGGUUACGACAGGCACCGCGGGUAACCGACGCCCCGGGUCCUUGCUGCAGCCGGGUACGCGGGAUACCGGCACCCCGCCUUCUCCGCCCGAGUGCUGCCGGGCGUGGGCCUGGAAUCUCUUCACACCUUCUCUUUGGAGCCCUUAAUGAUACGACGAACCCCAAGUGUUUCAGAACAUGAAGUAAACAUGGAGAACUGUUCUGCUGCAUCGACGUUCCUGACUGACAGCUUAGAGCUGGAGCUGGGGACGGAAUGGUGCAAGCCUCCUUACUUUUCUUGUGCUGUUGACAACAGAGGAGGAGGAAAACAUUUUUCUGGAGAAUCCUACCUCUGCAGCGGAGCCCUUAAGCGAUUGAUUUUGAAUCUUGACCCUUUACCAACUAAUUUUGAAGAAGAUACCUUGGAAAUAUUUGGCAUUCAGUGGGUUACUGAAACAGCAUUAGUGAAUUCAUCUAGAGAACUCUUUAAUUUAUUCAGGCAACAACUGUACAACUUGGAAACCUUGUUACAGUCCAGUUGUGAUUUUGGGAAGGUAUCAACUCUACACUGCAAAGCAGACAAUAUUAGGCAGCAGUGUGUACUAUUUCUCCAUUAUGUUAAAGUUUUCAUCUUCAGGUAUCUGAAAGUACAGAAUGCUGAGAGUCAUGUUCCUGUCCAUCCUUAUGAGGCUUUGGAGGCUCAACUUCCCUCAUUGUUGAUUGAUGAGCUUCAUGGAUUACUCUUGUAUAUUGGACACCUAUCUGAACUUCCCAGUGUUAAUAUAGGAGCAUUUGUAAAUCAAAACCAGAUUAAGCUUUUUCCACCAUCAUGGCAUUUAUUACAUCUCCACUUGGAUAUACAUUGGCUGGUGCUAGAAAUUCUUUACAUGCUGGGUGAAAAAUUGAAACAAGUUGUAUAUGGUCAUCAGUUUAUGAAUCUGGCAAGUGACAAUUUAACCAAUAUCAGCCUAUUUGAAGAACAUUGUGAAACUCUCCUUUGUGAUUUAAUAAGCCUGUCACUCAACAGGUAUGACAAGGUUAGGUCUUCUGAAUCAUUAAUGAGUGACCAGUGUCCAUGUUUAUGCAUUAAAGAAUUAUGGGUUCUACUUAUUCAUCUUCUAGACCACAGAAGUAAAUGGUUUGUCUCAGAAUCAUUUUGGAACUGGUUGAAUAAACUACUUAAAACACUGCUUGAAAAAUCAAGUGACCGAAGAAGAUCCUCUAUGCCUGUAAUCCAGUCCAGGGAUCCAUUAGGUUUUAGUUGGUGGAUUAUUACUCAUGUAGCAUCAUUUUACAAGUUUGAUCGCCAUGGAGUACCAGAUGAAAUGAGAAAAGUGGAAUCAAAUUGGAACUUUGUAGAAGAACUGCUGAAAAAGUCCAUCAGUGUUCAGGGUGUCAUUCUAGAAGAACAAUUACGAAUGUAUCUUCACUGUUGUUUGACACUUUGUGAUUUCUGGGAGCCAAACAUUGCAAUUGUUACCAUUUUAUGGGAAUAUUAUAGUAAGAACCUGAAUAGUUCCUUCAGUAUUUCUUGGCUUCCUUUUAAAGGCCUUGCUAAUACCAUGAAGUCACCCUUGUCUAUGCUUGAAAUGGUGAAGACUUGCUGUUGCGAUAAACAAGAUCAGGAGCUAUAUAAAUCCAGCAGUAGUUUUACUAUUUUUCUUUGUAUUCUGGCAAAAGUUGUUAAAAAGGCAAUGAAGAGCAAUGGCCCUCAUCCUUGGAAACAAGUCAAAGGAAGAGUAUAUUCAAAAUUCCAUCAAAAAAGAAUGGAAGAACUAACUGAAGUUGGUCUACAGAACUUUUUUAGCCUUUUUCUACUGUUAGCAGCUGUUGCAGAGGUAGAAGAUGUUGCAAGUCAUGUUUUAGACCUCCUGAAUUUCCUCAAGCCUGCUUUUGUAACGUCUCAGAGAGCCCUCAUUUGGAAGGGUCACAUGGCCUUCCUCUUGAUGUAUGCCCAGAAAAAUCUGGACAUCGGUGUUUUGGCUGAGAAAUUUUCAUGUGCUUUCCGGGAGAAAGCAAAGGAAUUCUUGGUGUCUAAGAAUGAGGAAAUGGUACAGAGACAGACUAUCUGGACACUUCUUUCCAUAUACAUUGAUGGUGUUCAAGAAGUGUUUGAGACCAGCUAUUGCUUGUAUCCUUCCCAUGAAAAACUGCUUAAUGAUGGAUUUAGUAUGCUUCUGCGAGCAUGUCGAGAAUCUGAACUUAGGACAGUAUUGAGCUUUCUACAAGCUGUUCUGGCCAGAAUCAGGAGUAUGCAUCAACAAUUGUGUCAGGAACUUCAAAGGGACAAUGUGGACCUAUUUGUACAGUCUUCAUUAUCGGCGAAAGAGCGCCACCUUGCUGCAGUUGCCAGUGCACUGUGGAGACAUUUCUUUUCAUUUUUGAAGAGUCAGAGAAUGUCACAGGUAGUGCCUUUCUCACAACUUGCGGAUGCAGCUGCAGACUUUACUUUGCUAGCAAUGGACAUGCCAAGCACAGCUCCAUCAGAUUUUCAGCCUCAGCCAGUUAUAUCAAUUAUUCAACUUUUUGGUUGGGAUGAUAUCAUCUGCCCUCAAGUUGUAGCAAGAUAUUUAAGUCAUGUCCUACAAAAUAGCACAUUAUGUGAAGCACUUUCUCAUUCAGGCUAUGUAUCUUUUCAAGCCUUAACCGUAAGAUCAUGGAUUCGUUGUGUUUUGCAAAUGUAUAUUAAAAACCUCUCUGGGCCUGAUGAUUUGCUCAUAGAUAAAAAUCUGGAACAGGCAGUUGAAAAAGAGUACAUGAAACAGUUGGUCGAACUGACAAGAUUACUAUUUAAUCUCUCAGAAGUAAAGAGUAUUUUCUCAAAGGCCCAAGUUGAAUAUUUAUCCAUCUCAGAAGACCCUAAAAAAGCACUUGUUCGAUUCUUUGAGGCUGUUGGUGUAACUUACGGGAAUCUCCAGACACCUUCUGAUAAAUCUGCCAUGGUCACAAAGUCCUUGGAAUACCUUGGUGAAGUAUUAAAAUAUAUUAAGCCUUAUUUGGGAAAAAAAGUUUUCAGUGCAGGGCUGCAGCUGACUUAUGGAAUGAUGGGAAUUCUUGUGAAAUCAUGGGCACAAAUCUUUGCCACUUCUAAAGCCCAAAAAUUACUAUUCCGGAUCAUAGAUUGUUUACUGCUGCCACAUGCAGUAUUACAGCAAGAGAAGGAACUGCCUGCACCUAUGUUGUCAGCAAUUCAGAAAAGUCUUCCUUUGUAUCUCCAGGGCAUGUGUAUCGUGUGUUGUCAAUCUCAAAAUCCGAAUGCCUAUUUGAACCAAUUGCUAGGGAAUGUUAUUGAGCAGUAUAUUGGGCGAUUUCUUCCAGCUUCACCAUAUGUUUCAGAUCUUGGACAACAUCCUGUUUUGUUGGCAUUGAGAAACACAGCCACUAUUCCGCCAAUACCAUCUCUAAAGAAAUGCAUUGUACAAGUCAUAAGGAAAUCCUACCUUGAGUAUAAGGGGUCCUCACCUCCUCCUCGCUUAGCAUCCAUUCUGGCCUUCAUCCUCCAACUCUUCAAGGAAACUAACACAGACAUUUAUGAAGUUGAACUACUCCUCCCUGGCAUUUUAAAAUGCUUGGUGUUAGUCAGUGAACCACAAGUUAAAAGGCUGGCCACAGAGAACCUGCAAUACAUGGUAAAAGCCUGCCAAGUGGGGUCAGACGAAGAACCUUCCUCCCAGCUGACUUCUGUGUUUAGGCAGUUUAUCCAGGAUUAUGGUAUGAGGUACUAUUACCAGGUUUACAGCAUUUUAGAAACAGUAGCAACAUUGGACCAGCAGGUUGUCAUCCACUUGAUUUCUACCCUUACUCAGUCUCUGAAGGAUUCAGAGCAGAAAUGGGGCCUUGGCAGGAAUAUAGCACAAAGGGAAGCCUAUAGCAAACUUUUGUCUCACCUUGGACAGAUGGGACAAGAUGAGAUGCAGAGACUGGAAAAUGAUAAUACUUAAUAUAUUUUGUGAUUCAUCCUAUUAAUUAUCAGUAUCUAAAGCCACAUUGUUCCACUCUAAUUCCUACUUUUAAUUAAUUGUAUAAUGUUCUGUUUAAAAUAAUUUCUAGGAUUUUUUUCCUUUUAUAUCUGUAAGUAAAAAAUGUAUAAAUAAGGAACUGAAGGUUAAUUAGCAACUGUGUAAUAGGAUCCUUGGAACUUUUUACAAAACUGCAUUCUACCUUGAUGAAAUUUUAGUUAAACUAAAUUAAAGAAACAUUUUCUGAGAGUG